CUUCAGUUCAGUACUUCACGGACAGGGUAAGAUAGAGAGAGAGAGAGAGGGGUUGGUUUGAGCAUUAGACUAAUCAGGAAAAUCAAAGCUUCAGAGGAGAUGGGAGCGGAGAGUUGGAGCUUGACCGCCAAACUGUGCGAUUACUGCCGGACGGCCUCAGCCACCGUCUUCUGCCGUGCCGACGCCGCGUUCCUCUGCGGCAACUGCGACUCCACGAUCCACGCGGCCAACAAGCUCGCGUCCCGCCACGCGCGCGUCUCCGUCUGCGACGUGUGCGAGCAGGCUCCGGCUAGCUUCACGUGCAAGGCUGACGACGCCGCGCUCUGCGUCACUUGCGACCGCGACAUCCACUCGGCGAACCCCUUGUCCCGCCGCCACGAGCGCCUCCCCGUUGUGCCGUUCUACCACUCCGCAGACGACGCGUCCUCGAAAGCUCACGGAUCCGCGUCCGUGUCCUCCUCCGACAAAUAUGUCAGUAGCGAGUCGGACAACCAGAACGUGGAGGAGGAAGAGGCGGCGGAGGCGGCGUCGUGGCUGAUUCCGGAUCCGAAUAACCUCAAAUCAGUAGAUUUGGAGGGAUCCGAGUACGAAACUGCAGAGUACCUGUUCGGCGAUGUGGAUCAGGAUCCGUAUCUUCAUAUGGAAAUGAUUUCCUGCGGCGGAGUAGACCAGAAGCACCACAGCCACAACCGCUACACCAAUCAAAACUACAACUGCGACGGCGUAGUGCCUGAGCUGAAGAAAGUUCCGACGAGUCACGUACCCGACCCGGUAAUCGAUGGAUUCCCCGCGUACGACACCGAAUUCGCCGCCGGAUCUAAGCCGCCUUUCUUAUACAACUUCGCCGCUCAAUCCAUCAGCCAAAGCGUCUCGUCUGCAUCUCUGGACGUCGGAGUGGUGCCUGACCACAAUGCCAUGGCGGACGUGUCUGACGCCGCUUGUGACCGAGCCUUCGUCGGCGGCGACGCUGUCCCCAAUACGUUGACCGGAGCGGACAGAGAAGCGAGGGUGCUAAGGUACAGAGAGAAGAGAAAAAACCGGAAAUUCGAGAAGACGAUCCGAUAUGCCUCCAGAAAGGCGUACGCAGAGACCCGGCCGAGGAUCAAGGGGAGGUUCGCGAAGCGCUCCGAGGUGAAAGUUAUGGGAUCCUUUGUCGUCCCUCACGACGGAUCUCACGGCGUCGUGCCGUCGUACUAACCGCCCGGUCAGGGCGGAUUAAAAGUCUAGUUUUGUGUGCUUAAUUUUUGCCACGUCGGUGUUUCUGUAUUACUGUAUAUGUAGUAAUGUCCCUUCUUUAAUUCAGUAGUUGACUUUAAUGUUAAUCCGUAUUUUCUGUAUGUCAAAUUAAAAGUUUCUUUUAAUAGUAAAGUAUAAGUGUACACUUUCUCAUGUGAAUCAUGUGAACCCAACUAUAGGCCACGGAAAGCGUAACUAGUCUAACCAGGCACUAGGCUGCUGAAAUUGUAUCUCAACUGACAC